AUCCACCACCUCAGUGUUUGAUUGACCGAGACCAAGGGAGGAUGUAUAGUACGUGUUGAGUGCGCCGCGGGUUAUUAUCCGUUCCCCACAUAAAACUUGAAAAGAAGCCCCCCAGUUCAUUAUGACGGGGAGUAAGAAUGGCGGCAAUGAGACCGAAGCUAAAUCGCCUCGAGAAAGUGGCGAGGACAGUGAGGAUGAAAGUGAAAUAUUAGAGGAGAGUCCUUGUGGAAGAUGGUCCAAGCGGCGGCAGGAGGUGCAGCAGCGAGAUGUGCCGGGCAUCGACGCCGCCUACCUGGCCAUGGACACUGACGAGGGCAUGGAGGUGGUCUGGAAUGAGGUUCGAUUCAGCGAACGGAGGAAUUUCCGUGAACAAGAAGAGAAGAUUCGGUUAGUGUUUGACAACUUGACUCAACUGGACCAUCCAAACAUUGUCAAGCUUCACAAGUAUUGGAUUGACAGCAAAAAUGACAAGCCUAGGGUUGUCUUCAUCACUGAGUACAUGUCUUCAGGAUCACUAAAAAAGUUUCUGAAAUUAACCAAGAAAAAUGUGAAGAAAUUGCCUCUUCAGUCAUGGAAACGGUGGUGCACACAGAUCCUCUCAGCCCUCAGUUACUUGCAUUCGUGCUCCCCCCCUAUCAUCCACGGCAACCUCACCACCGACACCAUAUUUAUCCAGCACAACGGCCUCGUCAAGAUCGGCUCAGUGGCGCCGGAUCAAAUACAUUCACAUGUCAAGACCUGCAGGGAUGACAUGAAAAACAUGCAUUUCAUAGCCCCUGAAUAUGGAAAUUCUUCUCCUGUCACACCAGCUGUAGACAUCUAUUCCUUUGGAAUGGCAGCUCUGGAGAUGGCUGCCUUAGAAAUUCCUGGUAAUGGAGACUCUGGAAAUGUGGUUACACAAGAACAGGUGCUCAGAACUAUACAUUCCUUGGAACAUGAACAGCAGAGAGACUUCAUUCAGAAGUGCCUAAUACCUGACCAGAGUCAGCGUCCAAGCACCACAGAGUUGCUGUUCCAUCCUGUCUUAUUUGAAGUUCAUUCUCUCAAGCUAUUGGCAGCCCAUGCUCUUAUACACAAACCCAAAUCAAAGAAAUUAAUAGACAAUUCCAUCGAAGACAUGCUUCAGCACCAGUACCACAGUGACAGUGUUGUGGCAGAGAUCAGACACAGUAGUGGAGACCCUACGUUAUUCCGAAUGUCUGAUAUCCCUGUCUUUGAGAAGCUGGAGAAGUUUAUUGAAGAUGUCAGGUUUGGCAUAUAUCCUUUGACAGCCUUCAUGCUCCAGCAGCAGCCUCCUUCCCGCCCACGGGCUAUUUCUCCUGAGGCUGUGGUCCCUGUAGCACCAGAGACUAUAGAAUCCACAGACCAAGAAACCCGAAAGGUUAUCAAUAUGAUGUGCAACAUUAAGCGAAAUGAAAAUGGCCAAGGAUUAUAUAUGACCAUAUCCUUGCGUUUAGAAGAUAAGAUGAACCGUCAGCUCUCCUGUGUGGUGGAUGAUGGAGAGGGAGCAGGUGCCCUCACUGAUGAGCUUGUUAGAUAUGGGUUUAUAAGCCAGAUGGACAAAGAUGAAAUAACCAGCUUAAUAGAGGAUCACCUAACACGAGUCCGCAAUGGCUCGUCCUUGUCCAAAGCGACAGGACGGAGUGGAAGCCGGGGAAACCUUCUUCAGGGCGAUGACAACCUCACGGUGAUGCAUCCCCCUACCAUAACCACAGCAACCAGAUAACACCCACGGGCCCCCCCUCACCCUCAAGCACGGCCUCACAAUAUUAUACACCACACACACUUUUUUACUAGGUGAGAAUGGUUAUCAUCAAGAAGAAUUUCCUGGUCUCUGGAUGGAUGACUGGGAAAGGCUGCUGGUGUUAUGUAUGCGUGCAUUUAUGAGGACGGAUGCUGGCUGCCCAAGUGGUUCAGCGGCAUGAAAAGUAGUUGCUCAGUACUUGGAUAUUGUAGUGGUGAUCGUGGUGAUGAAGAAGGAAAGAAAGCAUUUGCAGUGUUGUCUGGUGCAUUUGGGGAAAGUCUGUGUUGGGAAGAAUUUAAUUUUAUAUAAGAUUUUUUAUCAUGAUUAUUAUUAUUUAGGUACUAUGCUAAGUGACCUCCCUAGUAUUGUGAUAUGCCAUUUUCAGAUCCCCUCAGAAGUGAUCACUAAUAUGUAAGGAUCUUCCCUCUGCCCCCUCACUCUUAACCUGCUCCAUGCUUAAGCCAAAUAAAUGAACAGUAAGUUUAUCACAAAUGUGUGUCUAGCCACAGAGAGGGUGAGGGUGAUGAAUGAUUGUGGAUGUGGGUGUUUGUGUGGGUGUGUGAGGCUGAAAUGGGUAUUUGCUGUUAUUGCAGUGAAUGGAGGCUGGCUGACUGGCUUCAUGUUGUCGGUAGAGACUGCCCUCCACAUACCAGUAUGUGUGUCGUUCACCAGAAGUAACACAUUAUUUUCUCUAAAGUCUAACAGUUAUUUAUGUUGUGUACUGUAUUUUUUUUAUACCAGAGAAUUUUUAUGGUGAAGCUGUUUUUUUUUGUUUGUUUUUUCUCCAAUGAAAGGGACAUAUCACUAAAGCAAGCAAAGGUAGUCCUCAUUCUAUAUAUGUAACUUCAUUAGGUGUCUUUUACAUCUUGUUUUUGGCACACUGUGACACAAGGGCAUGUAUGAAUCAUCAAUUGAGGUUAUGGUCUUAAGGGGACUUUUUUGGUUGCAGUUUCCUGAAGAGGAAAGUGUACAUAAAACAGAUUUAGUUGGUCAAGUGUUGUGACCUUCAGCAUGCUUACCUGUCUCUCUUUGAGAGCGUGAGUGGUGGUGUUCCUCCAGCGUGCCUGUAGCGUUAUCACAAUGAUCUGAAUUGUCUGUCUUGCAGCAGCUAGUUAUUUGUUUUAGCACCAGCCUUAAUCUGCCUAUCCUCCACUUCUCUUAGCGUGAGAGGAACUUUAGAAGGAAGGAAAGGUUAUCUAGUGGUCUGUUCACACGUCUCAUUUGGAUUUGUUUACUUGGUCAUACAUAAGUUGACAGAUCUUGGGUAUAACAUAAUAACCUAGAUGAUUUUUGUCUACUAAGAGAGGGUGGUUCACAGCAAGAACAAUUCUCAAUGUAGGAAGAGUGUUAAUGCAUUAUGCACUCUGGUAGUUUGUUUCCUCACCUUGAUCUCCAAGGAAACCUGUCUGUCUCUUUGAUAUUUUACUCCAUUUUGGUGAUGCUGAAGAAACUCUUUGUUUUACUCAUAAUGUACAUUUUUUAAUGAGAAUACAGUGUGUGUGGCAGUAAACUAGGUGUGUGAGAGGCUAGCAAGUGUUUAUCUUGUGUUGGCCUUCCUGCUGUCAAUGGUGCCACUGUGAGGCCACCACGGGUACUUUAUCAUAAAAUAAUAGUGUUCAUGAAUAUGUUCAAGUUAGAAAAAUCUUGCCAGUUUGCAGGAAAAGAAAUUGUCAAUACAGGUUUAGAAAAUCUAAAGGUAUGAAGGAUAAAUGAUGUGCCUUUCAAAAAUGUAUUAUGUGCCUGAUGGAAUACAACUUAAGAAGAAUAAUGCUUAAUAGAGUACCAUCAUUUUGAAAUUAAUCCUUUUCCUUUGAAUCUUGUAUAUCAAAGUGACUGUCAGUCUGGAUAAAGCUUGAGAAGAUUAUAUCUAAAUAUCUAAAGCUAGUUUUUAUUUGAAAGGUUAUGAAAAACAAUACACUUUAGUCCAUACAAUACAAUGGUUGCCAGAGAGGCCCCUCACUCAUAGUAGAAAAUUGGGCACCAAAUAGGAAACCAUACAAAUUGUAGAUUGUCUGAAAAUUUUUAAUUUGAGUGCCUAGUGUACACUCAAAAUAUAUUGCAUUACAGAAGGACAGGGACUGGGAGAUGGGCAUUAAUGAUCAGCUUAUUUGUCAAGGUAAAUCUUAAUCAGAUUUAUAUUUGAAUUCCCAGUGUAUGGUUUGUACUUGUUUACAUCGUUCUAUGCCAUUUAAAAUAUGUGAGAAAGGACAGGUGUGUGUGGGAGAAUGUUAAUCCAAAGGCUGCACCGACAGUCUCCACUGAGUGACUUCCAACACAACACAAGUCGAGUCAUACUCAGAAGUUCUUUCAUAUGAAAAAAAAAAAAAAAAGAAUAAAUAAAUAAAAUUAAUUAUCAGUCAGUCCCUGGUUUGAAUAAUUGUGAUGAAUUACUAAAUUGCCAAGGUCCUGAUGUACUUACUUCAGAUUGAUGGGUGUCAGUUUGAAGUACCUUGUUGACAACACUUACUUUCAAGGAGGAUGUAAAAUAGUUUUUUUUUCACAACUUCACUACACAUAUGUUGUAUUGUGUAUGUCAGCUAAAAAAAAUUCUGAAAUUGA